ACGCUACUGCGGAGAGACAUACGCAGUUAGCGUGCUGAAUACGUGCGUCCUCGUCGCGGCAAUCGCUCUUUCGAACAGACGAGUAGUGUCAAGCUCAAGUAACACUCUACCUCGGUUCCCGCCGACAGGGAUCGUACAGGAAUCGACCUCCGCUCAGUUUCACCACCUGGCUGAGAUGGCCACGGCCGGGUCGAUCGACAUCCCUGACGGGGAGUUGAUUUUCGAUCAGCGAAAUGUGAGAACAAUGAGAGACGGUCCGCAUCGAAGCACAGUGUGUAGUGGAGUUCUCCAGCUAAGACUCACACCCAUCGGCUAUGUGGUUUGUUGGCGACCCCAGGAAGAGACACCCGCCUCGUUCAAUGGAGAAAUGUCAAGCGGUGACGCCGUGCAGAUCCAACCGCGGAGAGCGCAUACAUUCUGGUUCGAAUUGAACGAACUCAAAUCGUACCAUUGCGCCAGCCGGAAAGACCAUUACGAAAUCACGUUCAUGCUCUGCGAUGGCACGCGGCAUCCUACGCUGAUGUUCGACUUCGGAAAACAGACGUCGUUCCUUCAGUUGGUCGAGAGCAAAGUUCGCACCAGGGUCUCCCCGAAAGACAAGAAGCUCCAUCUCGUCGUCCACGACGACCCCGAAGCCCUGCAGAAGUCUUUCACUUCCCUCGAGCUUUUCCAAAACGAAGACCAGACGUUAGUGAGUCGCCUGGUCCGGGAACCUCUGCCGACUUUCGCAGAUGGGCUCGCGAGAUUCACCAACUUGUUCACCCAGAACCACCCUCAGCGGAGCCGGCAGAUUUCCGACGGAAUGCUCGACUUGAAUCCGGCUAGUUUCGGAGAGUUCGAAGACGUGUUCACGAUCAAUGUCGACCAAGAGCCCGGCUUCGAUUUCGUGGAACAGGCGGCUGAAUUACCCCAGCGUAUGCCCGUGACACGAUCGCUGCCACUGGGCCUCGACGAAUGGCUCUCAUACUUCGAUGUCGAGGGCCGGAUAACGGAUCCGCACAAUCUCAGAGCUCGGAUAUUCCGCGGCGGUUGUGCGCCGGAAAUCAGGCCUGAAGCAUGGAAAUUCCUCUUGGGGGUCUACGAUUACAGCAAGACGGCGAAGGAGCGCGAGCAGGACCACAGCCGCUUGACAGCGGAUUAUUACCGGAUGAAGCUCCAGUGGAAAUCGUUCUCAACAGACCAGGAACGACGCUUCACUGCGUAUCUCGCGAGAAAGAGCCUCGUCGAAAAAGAUGUCAAUCGGACGGAUCGCAGUCUGGACAUUUUCGCCGGCGAUGGGAACGAGCAUCUCUCCAUGCUCAAUGACGUUCUGAUGACGUACAUAAUGUACGACUUUGAUCUCGGCUAUGUGCAAGGCAUGAGUGACUUGCUGUCACCAAUUCUAUCAGUUAUGCAAAAUGAGCCGGACUCCUUCUGGUGUUUCGCGAAAUUCGUCUCGAAAAUCAGAUGUAAUUUCGUCGAUCACGAUCGUAAUGAAGAGAAAGACCAAAGACAACUUGGAAUUAAGCGUCAGCUCGUAGAAUUGCAUCAAUUGCUAUCGGUGGCGAUGCCAUCGUUCACACAGUACCUCGACGAUCAUGACUCCGGAAACUUGUACUUCUGUUUCCGCUGGUUGUUGAUCUGGUUCAAGAGAGAGUUCGCUUUCGAAGACACCAAGCGGCUUUGGGAGGUUUUGUGGACCGGAUUACCGUGCCAGAAUUUCCACUUGUUAUUCUGCGUCGCCAUUCUCGAAGAAGAGAAAAUCCGGAUCACCGAGAACAACUUCGGUCUCACCGAAAUCCUCAAGCACAUCAAUGACAUGUGCUAUAAGAUAGCUCUCGAGGACAACCUGAUCCGAGCGGAGCAGCUCUACUUCCAACUGCUCGAAGUUCCUAAAGUUGCAACGAUUCUGGGUCUCGAAAGCCUCGCUGAGGUGGCUGUUUGAAGUCCUCUAUCGUUCGGUAGGAAGCCUCUCGGAACACCGAUUGUACCCGGUUAAUCCAACGGUGGCAGAGGCUCUAAAUAAUUUGUGCAAUGAAAACUCGGCGAGGAAGGGCACAUUCGGAAAGGUAUUUUAGAAUGAUAUUAGGUAGAUAUGAAUUCACCGGACGCGCCGUUGAAGCUAUGAUCAAGCAGGACGAGAGAAACCUUUUUCAAUGCGGACAAUGAUCGAGUGCGUGCGAGCGAGGAACAAGUACUCUUUACAGAAAUGAUACACGAGGAGUGAUGUGGGAACUUAGCGCCACAAUUAUUUUCGAAUACUUCGGCCGAUUGAUGAAGAGGUUUUAUUUAAGACAAACCCUAUGCAGUGAAAGAGAUGCAUCAAAGUUUGAAUAAAAG